AUGGCUACCACCACCACUAAUAUUGUUCACCUUAAUGCUCCGUCUAAUUUUCCUAUCAAACUCACCCCCCUCAACUUUCCUGUCUGGAGACGCCAAGUUCAGUCCAUCUUGAUUGGCUUUAAUCUCCACGGAUACAUCGAUGGUUCUGUCAAAGAACCAGCAAAAUUCAAUGAUACUGCACAAACAACUCCGAAUCCAGCACAUUUGAAUUGGUAUCGCCAAGAUCAGAUAAUUACCAGUGGAGAUGACCUUGAGGAGAUUCUUGGGGCAGACAUUCCCUUAGAUGGUGCUCUGGUUCCUGUGAACAAUAGUACUGGGCACGUUGAGGACACAGCUGCCCAUGUUGAAGAUUUUGAGAAUAUUUUGGUGGAUAAUCUGAAGCCCUUUGAUCAACCAAUUCAUGAUUUUGAUCCCAAGCCUGUUAAACGAGAGUACAUGGGCGAGUCUAGCAAUAGCAUGACCUCUGAAAGUUUAAAUUGCUUACUCAAUGAACCACUCAUGGACACUACCAACAGAUUUCAAUUCAAUAAUGAUGGAACAUUUCUUGAAACUAAUGAUCUUUCAAACCCUGUCGAAGGAAAUACCUCAGGCUUCGACAUGCUUGACUUCCUUAAUUUCUAUGAUGCCAAGGAUGAUUUCCAAGACGUGCUGUUUGAUUUUGAUAUAUUUAUUGGAAAUGAUGAGUUUCUUGGAGAACAAUCACUUUCUGCUGAUAAGGAUGCAUGCGACACAACUGAACAGGUUGUUUUGCCCAACGAAAAGUCCGUAGAUACUGAACAUAAGAAUGAUAUUGCAUCAUCGUCAAAGACAGAGCCCACCAAAUUGGGGUCAGACUUCCAACAUCCAUUUAUCAAGCAAGCCAGCCAAAUGUUGGGCAACAUACCCGUUCCUCCAGCGUUCGCAUCAGAGAUCCCAAAAGAUGCAGCUCUGCGCCUCAACGCAGCAACCCAAGCAUCAAGCUCAGUGCACGUUACUGCUGGUCUGAUUCAAAUCAGCGACCUGACUCUCGGCAGCAAGCAUGGCAAUUACAACAUCAUCCUUUCUUUUGACUUCUCACAAGGUGCACAAAGUCCAGCCAGCUUGGAACCAGUUGGCCAUGGGAAGAUGCUAUCUGGGGGUUGGUUCUACUUUCUUCUCUUCUGGGUUCUAAUCCUCUCUAUUUCCUUCAAGGUUGGAACCUUCAUCUAUGCAAGGUAAUGUUAUGCAUCCAUCAUCAGGGAAUUGGAACUUUUGCUGCAACAUCCCCCAGGACUUGUGUUAUUGCUCUGAAUUUGGUA